AUGCUCAUACAGACUCCUUCAGGACUUGAUCAGCUUUCAGUGGAGCAAUUCCUAGAGAAAUUUCACGAGCCUAUGAAAGUGCCCAUUACACGGACUGAUGGCCAGCUACUAACACCACAUCUACCGCCGUACGCUGCUCUACGAAUAGACAUGACCAAGGCAGCGCGCAAAUCCCCAGUGAAAGAUGCACAAGGCUUUGUACUGGCUGACUUUGGCGAAGCCUUCUCCCCAGCCGAGGAGCCACGUCUCAACCAAGACAAUCAUACGCUCUUGCCCGGUCAGCCUCCUGGAACAUUGUUCGAACCUGACGCCCAUGUCUCACCCGCUUCCGACGUCUGGACAAUGGCCACGGCGAUUCGGGAGAUCCUAGGGAUGAAGUCCCCCUUCAGCCAGCACGUGCCGCCCAAUGAGCUGCUGGCCGAGCAUCUCGACGUCCUCGGCUGCGAAAGCCUCCCCCACGACUGGAGAGCCAUCUGGGAGCGCCAAGAAGUAGACGGAGAAUCUUGGGAGGAGUUCAACCAAACAUUUAGGAGGAAGCGAGAGACCACGGGAAUAUCCGGGGAGGAGGAGAGCAGGGCCGUCCUCGAGCUGAUGCGCGGCAUGCUCAGAUAUCGACCGCAGGACCGGCUCACGGCGGACGAGGUGCUUCGAUCAGAGUGGAUGGUCAAGGGGGCGUUGCCACAGACGGGAUAG